AUUCAAAUAGGCUCACCAACAUAUCCAUGAGUCUAUGGAGCCUCAAAGAUCUUUUGGUGCUUCAAUUGUCAAAUAAUUCUUUAUUCGGUUCUAUACCUCCUGAUUUUAGAAAGUUGAAUGCCAUAACAUCCAUAGAUCUAUGGAAAAAUCAUCUUCCAGGAAGUAUUCCCUCCACAAUUGGAGAGUUGCAGAAUCUACUUUAUCUUUCUUUGGUAAUGAGUUACAAGGAUCUACUCCGGAGUCGCUGGGGAAAAUGAUAAGUUUGGAAUUGGUGAAUCUAUCCAAUAAUAUUCUUUCAGGUACGAUUCCAAAAUCAUUAGAGUCACUUCGAUAUCUGAAGGAUUUCAAUGUAUCAUUCAAUAGAUUAGAAGGUGAAAUCCCAAGUAAAGGACCUUUUCUCAAUUUCACCUCUCAAUCUUUUAUGGGAAAUGAAGAGUUAUGUGGCAAUUUGCUUUUCCGACCUUGUAUGACUUUUCAUCAUUCAAGGAGAAGCAAAUUGCUUCUUAUUAUACUUGCCUCACUGGGAGCUGCAGUAAUGGUAUUUGGCUCAAUCGUUGUGUUUAUGUUAAGGAGACGUGGGAAUAGAAAUGUUCCAACUCAAGCCGAAUCCUUUCCUGCAACAACGCUAACCAGAAUUUCAUAUAUUGAAAUUGAAAGGGCAACUCAAGGGUUUGACCAAUGCAACUUGCUAGGCUCUGGAGGUUUUGGCUCUGUUUACAAGGGCAUCUUUGCAAACGGGAUGACUUUGGCAAUCAAAGUGUUUAAUUUACAGGUUGAAGGUGCAUUGAAGAGUUUUGAUGCUGAAUCUAAAGUUUUAUGCAACCUUCGUCAUAGAAAUCUUACCAAAGUUAUCAGCAGUUGCAGUAACUUGGAUUUUAAAGCAUUACUUCUUGAGUAUAUGCCCAAUGGAAGCCUAGAGCUAUGGUUGCAUUCUGAUGAUCUCUUCUUGAAUAUGAUCCAAAGGUUAGACAUAAUGAUCGAUGUUGCAUUUGCUUUGGAAUAUCUCCAUCACGGUUAUGCAACAGUUGUUGUACAUAGUGACCUGAAGCCUAGCAAUGUCUUGCUAGAUGAAAGAUUGGUUGGACAUGUGAGUGACUUUGGCCUGACCAAGUUAUUAGGAGAAGGGGAAUCAAUUGCUCAUACUAAAACACUUGCUACAAUGGGCUACAUUGCACCAGCAUUGGACCAGAGUAUGGAUCAGUAGGGUUAGUUUCUAGAAGAUGUGAUGUGUACAGCUACGGCAUUAUGCUCAUGGAAACUUUCACAAGGAAAAGACCAUAUGAUUAAAUGUUUCAAGAAAAUUUGAACAUGAGGAGUUGGAUCUGUAAUUUACUACCUGUCGCACCAGAUGAUAUCAUUGAUGACACCUUAUUGGAACCUGAAGAGAUUGAUUUCGAGAAAAAGUUGCAUUGUCUGUCCUCUAUUUUGGAGUUGUCUUUGAAUUGCACAGCUGAAUCUCCUAAUGAGAGGCCGAACAUGAAAGAUGUCCUAGCAAAUAUCAAUAAGAUCAAGCAAGAAUUUCUUCGCAGAUAAUGUAACAAGGUUUAUGCUAUGGUAAUGCUGCCUUCCUCUCCUGGCGUAGCAAGUCUGGGUGACCCCAAUUGAGAUGAUAACCAACCUUUGUUCCGAGAUUAGAUCUUUCUCUGGUGCAUAAUUCAAGUUUGGAGUGUAACUUUAAUAUAUACGAUAUGAAUAUUGAUGAUCAUUAUUGUGUAGAUAUGAUCAGCUUCAAGAUUCGAUGGAGAGUACUGAGUAGUAUAAAAUGAUGAACUACAAGCUCGAUGACUGUAGAUUGAAAGCGCAAAUACAAUCCUUAUUUUUCAUUCACUCAAAAGUCACGAUUGAGAUGGAGAGUUAAAACCACAUUAUUUAACUAGUUAUCGCUGUGGUUGC